AUGAAGACUACCUUGUUUGCCCUCUUCCUCUUCUUCUUUGCCUUAGUUUCGGCCAAACCAGCUUUUGUUGACACUGAUGGCAACAACAUUAUAAAUGGAGGCUAUUACUAUAUCCUCCCUGUUGUCUGGGGACCAGGUGGUGGCGUUGACAUAGCCUCCACAAGCAACGAAACCUGUCCUCUUAGCGUUGUUCAAACUUCAUCUGAACUCUUCAACGGUUCGCCUAUCAGAAUUUCUUCUCCCCACAAAAUCGCUGAGCUCGAAACAAACUAUAUCUUGGACCUCACCGUGGUUGCGCCACCUAGUUGCGCAGACACUCCGGCGACGUUGACGGUUGUGAGUGAAGACGAUGCGACAGCGAAGGUGAAACUCGCUGGGUAUGGAAACGCAGUAAGUGGUUGGUUUAAAGUUCAAGCACUUAAUGGAUUUUGGAUGAAGAAAGGGGUUUGGAUCUAUAAGAUUGAGUUCUGUCCCACAGUUGGAAAUAGUUGUGGAGAUGUUGGGAUUUCUUACGAUGAUAAGGGAAACAGGCUUUUGGCAAUAAGUCAUAAUAACCCUUUCAUGGUUGUGUUUGGCAAAGCUGAAUCAUCUGCUGAGUGAAAAGCCUAUUGCAGUGUUGAAGCCACCGCUGAAUGUAAGUGCAAGUAGUUUAGAUAACUCCUUGCACUUCUUUAAGUUUAAACGAA